CAUAUCAGACCUUAUGAUUUAAGCUUUCCACCGGCGCGUGGCUGAAUCUCUUAUUUCACGAUCAUUUACAAAUAUAUCGAUGACAUUUGAAGAAAAACCUUAACAUCUGAGACCGUCAGAGAGUGAAAAAAAGAGCUUGAUGAUCGAUGCUAACCCUGCCAACAGAUUAAGACCCGGCUAGAUUCUCAAGUUUGCAGUUUCUCAAGCGAUACAUCUGACAAGUUUCACUUCUUUUAUAAUAACUUCCAUUAACAACACCGGAAAUGUACGAACGCGGGUUCACUCGCUUGAGAAAAAAACAUUCAAGAAACUUGGAAGAGACCAGCGCGGCUGAGUUGGGUCCCUUUCAAUUUAUAAGAAAUAGAAAGUUUAGAACAUCCACCUGUGCUAUGAAUAACAAGAAACUGGUCUACACGGAAUCAAAAUAAAAAUGACGAACUCAACCGGAGGCGGGAACUUAACUACGAUCCACGACUUUCAUUGCCCCCUCAGUCUUUAUGGAUUGCAUUUUAGGAUGCUUAUGUCAGCAUUAAAUGCACCAUUAUUAGUCACUGCUGUAUUAGGGAACAUUUUGAUCAUAGCUGCCCUUCGAAAGAUACCCGAAUCGUCCCUUCAUCCACCGUCGAAAUUUCUAUUUAACUGUCUCGCAUGUACCGAUCUGGGCGUAGGAAUAUUUACGCAACCUCUACUCAUUAGCUUUUCAUGGUCUACCGAACACUCUAAGACUUGCUAUUACCUUGUCGUCUUGCUUUAUACAAUAGGGGGGACAUUUUGCGGCGUUUCAUCUCUCACCGUGACAACUAUAAGUGUGGACAGACUUCUCGCCUUAUUAUUAAGACUGCGAUACCGACAGGUGGUUACGUUAAAAGGAGUACGGGUCGCUCUUCUCCUAUUUUUGCUCCUCAGCUCUGGUGUAGCGAUGACAAUUUUUCACGACUUGCGUCUCUGUAUAACAUUGAUCAGCAUCAUAUUGUCUGUGUGCUUAAUAAUCUCGACCGUGUGUUAUAUGAAAAUUUAUCGGACUCUCCGUCAACAUCAAAAUCAAGUACAAGACAUCGAUUAUCGCCGAGAGUUUAAUAAAUGGGACACACCAUUAAACAUAGCACGAUAUAAAAAGACAGUCUCCAGUGCUCUGUGGGUGCAGCUAGCACUCCUUGCCUGUUAUCUCCCAUAUGGUACAGUAGCAGCUGUAUUUGCCAUGACAAGAUGGCGGACAGUCAGUCUUGAUCUUGCUUUGGAUGCCACACUGACUAUACUCUUCUGCAACUCGGCUGUAAAUCCGUUCUUAUACUGCUGGAAGAACAGAGAAAUAAGGAGCGCUGUGAAAUACAGAAUCAGACAGUUUCUUUGUAUAGCAAGAUAGUUUUCUGGUAAAUUUUAACAACAGACAACCUCGUGUUCAUAACAGCAAAACAUGUUAAGGCGCGCGUGAGCGGCGCUUCUAACACCGGUGGGAACCGUGUCAAGCAAGGGCCAGACCGAGGGGGACGGGGUAAGAAUGAGUGCAACAUCUCCAAAGUCCACAAUCGUUUAUUCUAUAUCUACUGGCCUCGCUCACAAAGAACCUUGAUUAGGUUGACAAUUCAAAAAUGUAAACUAAGCAGGACACGGAUUCUAUUGUUCUUCACUGGAGAUAUGGCUGGUGUCUAAGCCUCUUGCACAUCGCACUUUGCGUGAUCAGUUACAUGACUAAGUGUUAACAGGGUGAGGGAAGGCCAAAACGAACGAAUGCGUUUCAAUUUAACAUCAUAGUUAGUAGAGGGGACCCAGUCCCCUCUAUUAACUAUGUUAACAUCCACGAGUUUCAAGUUGUACCCGACUCUGCAGUUUCAUUGUACGCAUGUUAAGAUUAGGAUGCGUAUACUGCAAGACUAACUAGCUAACUAAUCCUAAAAAAGCUUUUCACAUUGAAACACUCAUCUGGGUGUUGGCAGAAUUAAACAUAAGGUGCAAUUUUUACUCCACCAAACUUACAUAAUAGGAAACUUCCAUUACUUUGCUCUACAAUGGGAAGAAAAAAUAUUACCCACUGGCCGUUUUGGCAUUUUACCCACUGGUGCCCGUCUUGACAUUUAGGCCACUAGUGACUGUUUUUGCAUUUUAACCAAUAGUGGCCAUUUUGACAUUUUGGCUACGGGUGGGCCGUUUUCCCAUUUUGGGCACUAAUGGCUGCUUCCAGUGGCCAUUUUGGGCAAUGACAAUCAUUUUUCUAUUUUAGCCAAUAAUGACAAAUUAACAUUUUCCCCACGAUUGGGCGUUUUCACCACGAUUGGGCGUUUUCACCAAAACGAAAGAAGGCCAAGAAAGGCCAAAAUCGUAAAAAGGCCAUUAGUUGCAAAA